AUGAGUGGUGCAAAGGACAGAUCUUUUGUCCCCAGCUGGGACGGCUCUGCCAGAACAUGGCGGCGCUACACGAGGGAAGUUGCUUGGUUCGUCCAAGGGACGGCCGUUCAUAAACGGCGUUACUGCGCAUCACAACUGUUGGGCAGAUUGACAGGCCCAGCCCGGCUGCUUGCGAUGAGUUGGUCGAAGAUGUUCGUUGACAACAAGUCUGGGACACGUCUUCUUCUACAGAAGCUAGCAGCCAGCCCACUUGUGAGACGCAACUUACCUAACGCAGCGGCUACCUGCUCUCAGUACUUCGCCUUCAAGAGGAACCACAAUGAGACCAUCGGCAACUUCCUCGUCCGCGAGACCCUGGUGCAUGAAGAGUUCGUGGAGGCGAUACUCAGGCUAUGGGAAGAUCGCCAAGGGCUGUCGCAGGAGCAGCGCGACUUCGGGCUGCCAGAGGACGAGGAGGAGUGGACCGAUGACGACUGGCGAAGCUGGAAUUGGUGGUCCUGGGAGGAUGAAGAGCGUAUUGAGGCAGGCGAUCCUGAUCUUCUAUCCUCACCUGAUGGUGCCGCUGAAGGAGUCGAUGGAGAGGACAAGGCGGAGGCCCAGACCCUGGACGAGCUCACGCUGGCCGACAGUUUCAUCAUGAAUGUGCUCAGAGGCUGGCGCCUCCUUCAGGCGGCUGGAUUGUCACCAGAUGAGAUGCGGGACAUCCUGUCCACGACAAAGAACAGUUUGGAUUUUGAGAUGAUUUCUGGCGCAUUGCAGAAUCUGUGGGACGACCAGCUGCUCAGUAGCCGCAACCGUGCUAAGCCAGGCUACGCGGCCUACACCGUGAACUACGUCAACGAGGCGAACGAGGCCGACCUCUACUACAAGGAUGCCUGGGAAGGUGACGGUGAUUCAUGGUGGGAUGAACAGGCCUACUUUGUGGAUCACGACUACUAUGCGGACCACGACUACUAUGCCAACCACGCCGGCUACGACGACUCUUGGUGGCAUGACGACUGGCCAUCUGAGGACCCAGGAACAGCUCAAGUGGCUGCCGCCACGGAGGUCGAUGAUGAGAAGGUUCGCGAAGCACAACAAGCGGAGCGCAUGGCGGAGUCUCUGGCACUGGAGGCCCAGCGAACUUGGUCCGAAGCGCAACGGGCCACACAACAGCUGCGCAAGGACCGAGGCUUUGGAGCGGCGACGAUUGGAGCACCGACUAAGUGCUUUGGUUGCGGAGGCCCUCACCUCCUCCGUGAUUGCCCUCGCCGUGGAAUGUCUGGGUUUGGCAAAGGCCCGGGGAAAUCCAAGGGCAAGUUUGGCUAUGCCGCCGACUACGAGAGCUACUACAUGAAGGGCAAGAGCAAAGGCAAGGGCAAGCCAAAAGGGAAGAAAGGCAUGUACAUGGAUGCCGAUGCCCUCUGGAAGGGCAAAGGCAAGGGUCCUGGAAAAGGGCCUGAUUGGUCACAGCGAUCCGUGAAUGCCUACAACGCAGAUCUCUUUGGCAUGGAGCUUUCCUCGGUGAUGGAUCUGGCCACGACGACUACGGAACCCUCAAAGCCUGAGCGUGGCAUGGUAGACUGCGGCGCAACAGCCUCGGCGGCGCCGGAAGCCGUUGUGAAGGGGCUGAUAGCCUCGAUUCUCGAGAAGGACAGUGGAGCCCGAGUGGACAUCGAUUCGAGCGCUCGGCCAUACUUUCGCUUUGGUGAUGGUCGCUGGGGCAGGGCUUUGUACAGGGUUCGCAUCUCUAGCAGUGUGUCCGGCAAGCUUAGAUCCUUCUCCCUCUACGCAUUGCCCAACCCCAAGGAGUUCUACCAGGUUGGUUUUGACAAGGCCACUUUAGUGCCCAUUCUCGUUGGCAUGGACUUUCUGGGAAAGGAUGGUUGUGGCAUGUUGAUAGACUUUACCACGGGGUUGGCAAUGAGCUCACAAGAAGAACCACCGGAAGCUGUUCAACUUACCCAGAAUCGCAAGGGCCACUUCCUGUUGGAUGUUUGUGAGUACCUUACACGAGGCCAUGUCAGUCACGAGGGUCAUGCUCAUGUGGUUGUCUCUUCUGCUGAUGGGGUAUAUGCGAGCCCGGAUUUUCACGUCCUUGAGUUCCAUGUUGUGCACUUUGACCUAGCUCAGAGUGAUGCCGCAUAUGAUCAAGCUGUGCUGCAACAGUCACGAGAGCGGCUGUGGCAUUUGUACCAGUUGUCCAGACAACAUCGUGGACUACCUGCUGCAGCCAAUUCUUGCUCAAUGCUCGCGACGACUCAGUCGCUUGAGACGGAGGCCAUCCUGGUGGCGUCCGCCAAGGCGAAGACGGUCAAGAAGCGAGCCAACUCGCUGGACCCGUCUCGUCGCAUGAAGGCCGGUCCACGCGAUCCCCGGUCAUUCGCGAAGAGCUGGCCGUGCUACGGACAACAUCUGCCCGGAGCACCAGGUUCCAACAUGCACGGGGAGUGGAUCCACUGCCAGACUUGCGACCUGAGGUUGUUGUACACCCCAAGGAAGGGAUCACCCUCGAACACCACGGCAGUUCACAACCCCCAGAUGGUGAAGCGCAUGCUCACCGAACUCGAGGCGCUCCUGGGCAAUACCAAGCCGACGGCCAAGGUGUGCCACCACAUGUUUGCCAAGAUCACGGCCGAGGAGGUGCUGAACAAGUCGAUUCGCGACCUACUGGCGAUGCCGAGUGGGAGUACCUCAAUGAGUACCAGGAGGACAAUGACACGGCAGGGCUACGUGCCGAAUGUGGCGGCCAACGACGAGGAGGAGCUGGUCAUCGACUACGAGAUUCCGGUCACUGGGGACCAGUGA